AUGCUCCACCAUGCUCCACCGUGCCCCACCGUGCCCCACCGUGCUACACCUUGCUCCACCGUGCUCCACCUUGCUCAACCUUGCUCCACCGUGGUCCACCUGAUCCACCUUGCUCCACCGUGCUCCACCGUUCUUCCCCCUUGCUCCAUCUUGCUCCACCGUGCUCCACCGUGCUCCACCGUUCUCCACCUUGCUCCACCUUGCUCCACCUUGCUCCACCGUGCUCCACCUUGCUCAUCCUUGCUCCACCGUGCUCUACCGUGCUUCACCAUGCCCCACCUUGCUCCACCGUGCUCAACCUUGCUCUACCUUGCUUUACCGUGCUCCACCUUGCUUCACCUUGCUCCACCUUGCUCCACCUUGCUCCACCGUGCUCCACCGUGCUCCACCAUGCUCCACCGUGUUCCACCGUGCUCCACCUUGCUCCACCUUGCUCUCCAGCGUGCUCCACCGUGCUCCACCAUGCUCCACCUUGCUCCACCGUGCUCCACAGUACUCCACCUUGCUCAACCUUGCUCCACCAUGCUCCACCGUGCUCCACCGUGCUCCACCGUGCUCCACCUUGCUCCACCUUGCUCCACCAUGCUCCACCGUGCUCCACCGUGCUUCACCAUGCUCCACCUUGCUCCACCGUUCUCCACCUUGCUCCACCUUGCUCCACCAUGCUCCAACAUGCUCCAGCGUGCUUCACCGUGCUCCACCUUUCUCCACCUUGCUCCACCUUGCUUCACCGUGCUCCACUUUACUCCACCGUGCUCCACUUUACUCCACCUUGCUCUCCAGCGUGCUCCACCGUGCUCCACCAUGCUCCACAGUACUCCACCGUGCUCCACCGUGCUCCACCGUGCUCCACCGUGCUCCACCGUGCUCCACCGUGCUCCACCGUGCUCCACCGUGCUCCACCGUGCUCCACCGUGCUCCACCUUGCUCCACCGUGGCCCACCUGAUCCACCUUGCUCUACCGUGCUCCACCGUUCUCCACCGUGCUCCACCUUGCUCCAGGGUGCUCCACCGUUCUCCACCGUGCUCCACAGUACUCCACCUUGCUCCACCUUGCUCCACCGUGCUCCACCGUUCUCCACCUUGCUCCACCUUGCUCCACCUUGCUCCACCUUGCUCCACCGUGCUCCACCGUGCUCCACUGUGCUUCAUCUUGCUCCACCGUACUCUGCUGUGCUGUGCUCCACCAUGACCUACAAUCCUCUAACCUUUUCCACUUUUCAGGGCGAUACAUGCGUGGAAAAAAAAGGCACCCGGAAUGGCCGAUGGCAUAAAAAGGGCACCACUUCUUUUUAA